CUUCCCAGUUCCCUUCACACCUAUCGGCAAUUUGUUUUUUUUGUGGAGGAAGUGGUGGGUGGUAGUCAGCACUGAGAGCGGUGGCGAGUGGCGACUCGCGGACGCUAGUGUACACUCACAGUGCGAUGAUAAGAAGAAAAGCGGGGGCUAAAUUUAGACAAAUUAUUAAUUAGUCUAAAGCGAGAAACUGUGAAUGAAUAACGAGGGGUGAGUAAGUGCGUUAUGGGCGUUCAAGGUGUAUUUUUAACUCGUGCCAUCUGCGGCGCCGAUCGUAGUAGUCGUCUCGCGUCAUCGGCGGGUUUCCUCCAAAAAUGUAUUAAGUAAAAAAAUCACUUUGUUGUUAUUAAUGAUUCCAUUGAAAUGCCGAUGCCGCCGUCGAUAAACUAUCGUUUCAGUCACUUGACGCUGAUCGGCCUGUGUGCCCUAUUGCACUGUUGUUCAUCCGAAAUCGCGUCCUUUUACGGAUCCAGCCAUGUCAAUGUACCGUAUCAAGACGCCAAGAGCACGACGGAGAUCAGUUUUGCGUUCCGCACCAAACACUUGGACGCUUUCUUGUUUUUGGCCGCCGGCAAAACGGACUAUUGUUUCGUGUUAUUGGAGGCGGGCCGCCUCAAAGUGAAAAUCAACCUCGGAGCUGGCGAAUCGGAAAUAUCGUCGCCGAGAGGACUACGUCUCGAUGAUCUCAACUGGCAUUCAGUGAAUAUAUCGCGCAAGGAAGGUGAUCUUAAUUUGGCUGUCGAUAAAAUUCACGUUGUCAGAGAGAAAUUGCCAAUUGGAUUCUAUGAAUUGAACAUGUAUGGUGGCUUAUACAUCGGAGGGCAAGGUGAUUUUUCAGAAUUAUUUUUGGGUCACACAAAUGGCUUACGCGGUUGUUUGCGAGAUGUUCGCUAUAACGCAGUGCCAGACGUUCUGAGCAGAGCACGUUGGAGAACGGGUAGAGCAGAUGCUCACUCAAUAUCGUGGGGCUGUGUGAAUGAAUUUGACGCACCUAGAGAAUCGAGUAUAUCGUUUCUAGAAGACGGUGCUUAUAUGGCUAUACCUAGUGUAUUAACAUCUCGGACCAAUGUGAAAUGGCAGUUUUCUAUUAAAACUAUAUCAGAAACUGGUUUAGUUCUCUACAAUUCUAAGAAGAGUUCUACUUUGGGUAGACAUAGUGGAAAUGUGGAUUUUGUUGGCGUAGAACUAGUAAAUGGAAAAAUACGUGUUGCUCAAAAUUGGGGUUCGGGCGUAACUGAAUUAUUGUCGGAUGCUGCUAUUAACGACGGAGUCUGGCAUUCUAUAAAUGUAGCAAUGGAGGCUGGCGGACUUGAUGUUACUAUUGAUGCGCCUAAGCAUAGAUACAGAUUAGCAUUCAAUAAUUCAGCUCUGCCUUCAAAACAUUUAGAUCUUUCCACUGUUCUCUACGUCGGUGGUCUAGAAGUUAAUAUGAGAAGUGGAGCUUUAACGUCUGGCAUGUUAUCAGCAAGCAACAGUUUUAAAGGAUGUAUCCGUGGGAUUUCAAGUGACGGUCGGGCGCUCGGUCUGCCCGACGCUCUUGAUACUUCUAAGCUUAUUUCUCGAUGUGUCUGGUCAUAUCCAUGCACAGAAAAACCUUGUGUUCAUUCGCCCGAUGUUGGUUGUUCGCCAGUCGGAAUAAAUUCGUUCAAAUGUACUGGAUGUGAAGAUCAUAAUGAUCCACAAUGUGUUCGUCCCGAAUUUAUUCAAACUCACAAAGCAAUGAUGAAAGUGCCUUUACCAGUUGCUAUUGAAGUCUUGACAGUAAGCAAUUUAAUUGUGAUUGAAGGAUCUACAGCAAGUAUAACGACAUCAUCUAUAAAUCUUAUCAUGGAUUAUAACCAUUACGGGAUUAGAGAAGCUGGCGUUCAAUUUCACGUCGUUCAACCGUACGCCAAACAUGGAAAACUGGUAAUCGAUUCAAAGACCUCUACUGGCAAUGCAAUUACUACAUUUAACAUGCUAAAUAUUUUGAAAAAUGAGGUUUCUUAUGUGCACGACGGUUCAGAAAGUACACAAGAUUUAGUGACUCUAGAUCUUGAAUUUGUUUCCAACGAAGGAUUGUUGCUACCCGAAUAUUUGCAAGGACGACAAAGAUUUGCAUUACCUGUAAAUAUAACGCCUGAAAAUGACACUCCAGUCGUACGGAUAGCGUCUGAUUAUAAUUUACACUUAGCUCAAGGAACAUGGAAAGUCAUAGACAAGGACAAGAUAGUAGUAAUCGAUAAAGAUUCUAGUGCUGAAAGACUUAUUAUGUCUGUAUUAAAUAUUAGUGGUGGUCAUUUGGAAACAUUGGACAAUCCCAACAUACCACUUGAAACUUUCUCUGUUGCUCAAAUGAAUAACGGCUAUGUUGGGUAUCGACAUACAUCAAAUGAUACAGGGAACUUUAGUUUUACAUUUCAAGUGUCUGAUGGUGAAAAAGUCAGUGCUAUUACAACUGUUUCAAUUUUGGUUUACAGUUUGUCGUUAACUUACAUUCAAAAUACAGGCGCAAUAUUAGCUUAUAGAUCAUCCGUUGUAAUUACACCAACAAACUUAACAUUCAUCACAAAUGGCGACGAUCCAUCUUUAGAGUUAACUUUUAAGAUUAUUAAGCAUCCAAAAUUUGGAGCAAUCAAAUUAGUUGAUGGAGAACAAGCUCAAGAAAAAAUAAGUUCAUUUAACAGUCAUCAGUUAGAAAAAAAACUUGUUAGUUACAUUCACAAUAGUGAAGGUUCUCCUGUACGAGAUUUUUUUAAGUUUGAAGUUUGGGCUGGCCAAGUAAAAUUGGGAGACACCUACAAAUUCGAGUUGAACUUUGUAGAAGUGCAUCUGAUAGUAGAUGUAUUUGGACCAAUUAAUUGGAAAGCAUCCAGUGAAACGGCCAUCACCAGCGAGUCCAUAAAAGUAUUAACACAUCCAAUACUAUUGCAUCCUAGCUCUAUAGUUUUUGAACUGGUUAAAACUUCACAUACUGCGUCGUUGUAUUUAAGAAAUAAUCCGUUGGUGGAUGGUGAAACAUGGACACAAAAUGAUAUAGAAUCGGGACUUUUGACGCUGAAGCUUCAUCAUGAUACCUAUUCUCCGGCUUCCGAUUUGUUUGAUAUUAAAAUUAGUGCGCCUAGGUGUCAACCUCUGGUUUCUAAGCUUUUGACUUUCGAAUACACUCCUAGUCUGCUACUAUCUCAAGCAGUAUCGGCUUUUAUCCAUCCCCUCGAUGUAGUUGAAGGGAGUUCUUCCCCGCUUACUGAUAAACACAUAUCUAUUAAAUGUGUUGGUGUAAACCAAUUGCGUUUUGAGAUAUUGACGGGCCCGGAACAUGGUUAUUUACAUUUACUGAUAAACAACAGUACAAUUAAAAAUGUAACUGUUUUCACUGAAGAUGAUUUGUACGACGGCACAUUAUCGUACUCUCAUGAUGGAUCAGAAAACAAUAGAGAUCAUUUUAAAUUUUUAGCCACAUCGAAAAACGCAAACUUCCAAUAUGUAGGCUAUGUUAAUGUAUCGGUGCUAUUGGUCAACGAUAACCCGCCGAGUUGUAUAACAGAAGAAAACUUACGUGUAGUUACUGGAGGCGAUAGAACUAUAACUAGCCAUAAUUUACAGUGUCAAGACAAAGAUGUUGACACACCAGUGGCAUCUUUGAUUUUCACCAUCAACUCAAUUUCAAACGGAAUGAUUUUAAACACUGUCAAUAAUCCUUUUACCACAGUCAUGAAGUUUACACAGGAAGAUGUAAAUAAUGGUAAACUUAUUUACCGUGAUGAAUUUUCGGCUGAAACAAAACAGAACCGAGUUAGUGCCGUGGAACUCGGCGUAUAUGAUGGCAAACAUUCCAUUGAUCUUAAGCUUCAAGUAGAAUCUUCACCGCCAUUCAUUAAAAUAUUAAAUAAUUCUCAGUUAAUGUUGAGACAAGGUGGCGCUGCCACUAUUACUACAAAUCAUCUCUAUGCCGAUACCAACUUAAAUAUACAUUCCGACAAAAUCAACUACCAAGUGGUGGAAGGUCCUGGCCAAGGAGAAAUCGAGUUGGGCACUAAUUUGGAACCAUUAAAAACCACUAUUUUUAGUCAAGCUGAACUUGAAGCCGGCCACGUCCGUUACCGUCACAACGGAGAUGUGGAGAGUGUUCGAGAUCGAGUUCUAUUCAGGGUCUCUGCUGGUAGCACCGUGUCUCGGGAAUUGGAAUUCGAUAUUAGACUUUUACCGCAGCAUUACUGGGAACCACUUAUAGUAACGAAAAACUCUCCGAUAAUUGUGGACGAAUCAACAACUAUCGCUAUUUCUAAACAGUACUUGGAAGUAAAGCAAGAAUUGGUACCGCCUUCGGACAUUAUGUACUUGGUCAAAGAGCAGCCACGUUAUGGGUAUUUAGAAAAAGAGUCUAACGAAGAAGAUCCUAGUAGUCCAGAAAAUAAUCAUCUAACUACGUUCAAUCAGAGUCUGAUAAACAGUGGUCAUCUAUAUUAUGUGCAGUCCACUAUGAAUCAAAGCACUGAUAGACUCGUAGUGGACAUCACUAACGGAGUAGUUUCGUUGUAUGGUCUUGUUAUUAGUUUCGUAAUUGUGCCGAAAAACGUCUACUUGACCAGCUCUCAGUUGAAUGUCAUUGAAGGUGGAAACGUAACAUUGAGCAGUGACACAUUUCCUGUUGCGAGUAUAUACUAUACCGAUAGAGUGUCUCGUUAUUCUUUGGUCAGUGCACCGAGCCAUGGACGUAUCGUGAGAACUACGGCUGAUACGUUUGACCCGACCAUAGAUUUUUGGAGCCCCAAACAACUAGCAAGAUCACAGAUAAUGUACGUUCAUGAUGGUUCUGAAAGUAUAGACGAUAGCUUUUCGGUUAAAGUAGCAGUAUCAGACGAUAAAGAAAGUGCUCCGGUUGAUAUUGAAGUAAAAGUAAAUCCGGUCAACAAUCAACGACCGUCAAUAAUGAGAAACACUGGUAUAAAAUUGUGGAAAGGCGGUUUAGGACUAAUAACAUCAGAUAACUUAACGGUUGAAGAUAAAGAUACGGAUGUUUCGAAUCUUACUUUUGUGGUGACAUCAUCGAGGUGUGGUCAUGUGGUUAUUGAAUCGCAGCGUAUUGAAAGAUUUACUCAAGCCCAAAUUGAUCAAAACAUUGUUUAUUUUCAACACUCUGGAGAGCUUUGUGAUGGUGAAUUAGAACUGUCAGCCAACGAUGGACUUCAUUCAACUGGUGUUGCAAAAUUUCACAUAAUGGCCGAACAGGCUUCAGUGAAGUUACUGCUCAAUAACCCUUUAAGAGUGUUUCCCAUGCUCGGUCGACAAAUUACCGCCGAACACUUAGGAGCUCAGUGUGACGAUCCAAAUUAUCUAGCGACUUACGUGGUGAGAAAUGCUCCCAGAUAUGGCAUCGUAUCUAAAAGCGCUUCAUUUGAAGACUCAAAUCAAAUGGCUAUAACAAAUUUCACUCAGAAAAACAUCAACGACUCGGCUAUUUGGUAUCAUCACAUCUCAAAGUAUUUCUCUAGCAAUACGACAAACGAUGCUUUCACUUUUGAUGUAAUUUGUGAAUAUGCAAUUCCAAUUGUAAAUCAGACUUUUAACGUAGAAAUUACAGUUUCUUCGGGUGGUCUUGAAGAACUGUUGAUUGGUGAUAAAACCAAAGAGCUGGUGGUCAAAGAAGGUGAAUCAACAAUCGUCAACCUGAACACGACUGCCAUUUUGACGUUCUUGGUAAACAGCAUUGGCAUUAGGUCGCCUACGAUUAAGAUUGAACUUACAAACGAACCCAAGCAUGGUAAUGUGUGCCUGGACGAUGACUGUGACCGACGGACGUUCUCUCAGGGCCAUAUGCGCCGAAACCAGGUGAGAUAUGUACAUGACCAUUCGGACACGCUAUCCGACAGCCUGGAGUUUUCCGUGUUCUUGGAUGUUGAACCAACGGCAGUACCACUGUGUAACGUCACGGUACCGGUGAGCAUCGUGCCAGUCAACGACCAGCCAUUCUUCCUCACACAGUCGUACCCCAAUUUAAAACUAGUCCAAGGCCAGUCGGUCACAUUGACCAGAACUGAAUUGCUUACUGAAGACCCGGAUACACCUCCAGAGCAAAUCGUCUACGACAUUAUCACGGGUCCUUCGUAUGGCACUGUGUAUUUAGCCGGCAUCAAAAACUCAGCACGUUUCACUCAGGCGGACAUUGAUGCCGGCGAAGUGGUGUAUAAGCAUGAUGGACAACUCAAACCCACGUCAUUCUACUUCCGCGUAUGGGACGGCCAGUUCAACCCUGUAUAUAAAGUAUUUCAGAUCUAUGUAAUACCCGUCACACUCAAUGUGACUGUGUCUCUGCCACUGCCAUUACUUCAGGGUACAUACGAGACAAUUGUCAACGAGAAGCUGUUCCAUGUGGAAACCAACGGCGAUAAGGAUUCGGUGGCUUAUAACGUGACAAUGGGCGCCCGACACGGUGUGGUCUACGUCAACGGCACCAAAUCAAAACUGUUUUCUCAUAAAGACCUCAAAGAAGGACGAGUUGUGUACCGGCAGACCGACCUGAGUGCGGCUGCAGACGCCUUGCGGUUGUCCGCGCAAAUGCAUUGUGAAGACUCGCCCAUAAUAAGAGACCUGUGGUUGAACGUAAGCGUUGAACCAUUGGUGAAGACCGGUGCCUUCUAUCCACUGACUGGGCUCAAAUCACAGUUGGGCGUGCAAGUGUUGAAUGCUGAAAUGUUGGCCAAGACCACAGGGUCGGAUCCUAAGUACAAGAUCCUCAGAAAACCUAAGUACGGCAAACUCAAGAAGAUCGUCCGCCGGUCCGGUGAUAAGCAAGUGAUUCGCGAGGUGGACGUUACCAAAUUCACACACGGCGAGAUAGCCAGCGGCAUAGUGUACUUUGUGGCCAAGAAAGUUCCGGAUCCGGUCGAGGACAGUUUCCCGUUCCUGUUGACAGCCAAUGGUGUGCAGCCGGCUAUUGGCGAGCUAAGGUUCCAUGUUUCCGUGGCCGAGCCACCAUCGACCACUGUACAUCCGCUGUCGUCCACUCCAUUGACCAAGCAGCACACCACAUUCAUGGUGCGCAAACCCAACGAUGGCAACGCCGUAGAAAUUGCCAGUCCCAACAUGAGCGACGACUAUUUGCUUUGCGUAGGCUUCAUCAUGGCUGUUAUGGUGGCAUCGCUGGUAAUAGUCGUUCUAGUCCGAUGCCGUUCCAAAAAACAGGCGGAACAACUGGACAAGAUGAACCCCAUGCCGCUGCCUUGUCCGCCCGACGACUUGAUGACAACCUCGCCCAGGCCCGCCAACACUGCCGCUAAGCACCAACAACAGCUGGGUUGCAACGUCAUUGCUCUGGGUCCACCUGAACAUGCAGCUGUUGAACCUGAUACGACAGAGUUCAACAUGAGGUAUCCAUACGGGGCUGCUGAUGAAGAGUACUGCAGCAGCAGUACCGCAGACGGUACCGAACAGAACAAUCCCAUGCUCAGGCGUAACCAAUAUUGGGUUUGAACCGAUGACAAGUGUUUAAAACAAAGCCUGUAACUUACUGGUAUCGACUAACACAACUAUUGUAUUUAUUUAUGUACUACUAGUUAUACUGGGUGUAUUUUAAAUAAACACCACCAUCCAGGAGGACUUAAUAGUCACACAGUCCUUGUAAAGUGGGAGGGGUAGAAAUUGUUUGGGAAAUUCUGUUUGUGUACAUUGUGAAAACAAAAAUGGCUUACAGCAGAUUACUCAUAUCACUUAUGAUUAAAAAGGAAAGUUAUUCAAUGCAUUAAGUAAUACUAUAUGAUUCAGUGCCGUCUGUGUAUUAAAAAGUAACGCUAUUGUUUACUUUGUAAGAGUAUUUCACAACAAAAAAAUUAAUUUAUUAGGUAUAAGUUUUUUUUAUUUUUACAUCAUUAAUUAAAGGCAGAAAGUUAAGCUACUUUUCCCAAGGUACUUAUACAGUAUUAUAAUUUAUAUCUUAACUUUUGUUUUUAUAAAAAAAAAUUAAAUAAUUUUUCUUUAUGUAAAUAAUAUAUAAUAAGCAGAAUUAUAAUUUUUUUUUUUUAACAAUACUUACAUUACUACUCAAAAUCACAUUUAAUUAAAUUUCAUUUUCACUCCCAAUGCGAUCAUAAAUUACAAUAAAGAUAACUAGCUAACAGCAACAAUACCAUAAAUCAUUUGUUAGAAAUUAUUAUGUACAAAAACAAAUUUCCAACUUUUCUUUGCAUUCAAAAGAAUAUGAGUGUACUGUGUAUGUGUGUGGAAACUAUUUGGUUAUAAUUCACCAAAGCUACACAGUAAUUUGACAUUGGGUGGGUUCCAGAAAUGCUAAGGAGAGUAUAACUUAAAUACUAAUGUUGAUUUUUUUUUUUUGUAAUAUUUAAGUUAAGCCAUCUUGUGUUCAGAGGUGCACAUAUCAUAUUCCAUAAUUGGAUAAUGCAAGUGGGAAGAAUUAAACUAUAUGUGAUUAUAGAAAACGUUCAGUGCGAUGGCUUAUCUAUAUUUGUUAUAGUAAAAAAAAAUCAACAAUUUGAAAAAUUACCUUAACAUUCUUUCUUAAAAAUAUUAGUUCAAUUGUUUUUUUUUUUCAUUUUACUAAAUUUUUUUUUAUUAACUCGAUACUUAAUUUUAUAUUAGCAUUUAGUAUAUUAAUAAUAUUUAUAAUUAAUGUAUAUUUUAAGAACUACUACUUAACCAAUUUUCCAUUAUUAUUGUUUUAUUAAGUAUGAAAAAAAAAUCUAGUCCACGCUUUUGGGCCUUUAAGUACUUAACAUUAAUUUUAGAAUAUAUAUUUUUAAAAAAUCACUUUAUUGUAACUGUUUCAAUCGUUUUUAUCGACAAUAACACUCAGCAUUCUAGCGUUCUUCUUAAAGUGGUAUAAUGUUUACUCAUAAUGUUUUAAAGUUCAUUGCGAUUUGUAAAUUACAUAACGGAUUACCUCAUCCAGUGGCGGACCUGAUUUUUAAGACGUUUGACCGCCACUGGUCCUGUUCACAAUCACUGGGACCACAUUAUUGUAUCGCUCGAGACAAAGUUGGCCAAAAGUUAAUCCAAAGCAAACAAAUGUUUAAUACUUAACCAAAAUGUUGUUAACUCUAACCAAUAAACAAAUUAUGUAAAGUUAUAAUAAUUAGUAUUACAUAAAAAAAAAUUUCCAUCAGUAAUUUUACUCGGUGCCGUGUAAAAAUAUUUAUAAGUAUAAUCAAUAUUUCUCAUGUCGUUUGGAAAAAGCUCAAUUUAUACAGUUAAUUUUAAGUUAACAAUAUUUGUACUGUAUAACUGUGUGUACAUAAUUUUAAAAAA